AUAUUUUGCUUAGAAGAGUAAAGGAAAAAAAGUUAAUUUCUAAUUUCAGUGGCUCCAAAAUGGGCAGAUUAGCCCGAGAUAGGGCAGUAAGUCGUGUAAAUAGCUAAGGAGGUUACCUUCUUUAUGUAAAUAUUGGCGUAAAAUCGCCAGAAAAAGGUCACGGAGGUUAUCGAAUGUGGGGCUGCCGGAAUGAUGAUAACAGAGCCCGGUUGCGCACAAAUUAUUGAUUACAUUGUGUGGAUGCUUUUUAAAAGUCAGUGGUGGACAGAUCCUCUAGCAAAUAAGCAAUAUUAGUAUGAAUUGUGCGGAAUAAUAUAUUUUGUCUAAAAAAAUAAGAAAAUACGGAAUUGCUGCAAAAAAUAUUUUCCUUUCCAAUCAUCCGGAAAUGUCGCGUGCCAUCUGCAGUCUUUUAUCUAAAGCUCAUCAGCCACGCAUUAUUUUCAAUUACUCCCAAUCUGCCGGCUGUAUCUCACUCCAGCAGCACAUUCCCGCCAAGGAAAUCCCCGCAGCUUCCACCCAGGGAAUCUCUCAGCAAGUCCGGAAGGUAAGGAAGGGAAUUUUCUUUGGGGAAACACGAAGAAUUAGCUCGCGGAGGAUUUGUAACCAUCUGUUGCUCUUGUUUGUGAUGCAAUUCGCCGUUAAUUUUUCGGCGGAGGCUGUUUUUUUGCGAUAUCACUUCUGCAAAUAUCUCGCAGUUGUGUUAUCUCCUGACCCGCGUGACCUAUCUGUCCAUCAUCUCAGCCAGAGAGCUGAUUACCCCACUUUAUGGGCCGAUAGACCGAAGCAGAGCAAUCAUUUAAGAGAAAUUUCUCAAUCUCGUUGCAUCUAACGCGUCUCGUGAUUCCUUUCUCCAGGAUGGCCAAAAUCAGUACAUCCAGUAAAAUGUUGGGAAAAUCCCAGCUUCUGCAUUCAAAUCUGUGGGAUUCAGACCCAGAAUUGAUGGACCUCGUGAAGAAGGAGAAGAAUAGGCAACUUCGUGGAUUAGAAAUGAUUGCCAGUGAGAAUUUUACAUCUGUCCCCGUUCUUCAGUGCCUCAGCUCAUGCCUCCACAAUAAAUACUCCGAGGGGCUUCCUGGUCAAAGAUACUACGGAGGGAAUCAGUUUAUCGAUCAAAUUGAAAUUCUCUGCCAGAAACGCGCUUUGGAGGCUUACAAGCUCAAUCCGGAAGAGUGGGGGGUGAAUGUGCAGCCCUAUUCGGGUUCUCCGGCCAAUUUGGCCGUCUACACGGGACUGUGUAACCCCCAUGAUCGUAUUAUGGGGCUGGAUCUCCCGGACGGGGGGCACCUGACGCAUGGCUUCAUGACGGCAACGAAGAAAAUCUCUGCAACUUCCAUCUUCUUCGAGAGUAUGCCGUACAAGGUGGACGUCAAGACGGGGCUCAUCGACUACGAUAAGCUCGAGGAGAAUGCACGUCUCUUCAAGCCAAAGGUCAUCAUUGCGGGUAUGUCGUGCUACUCACGCUGCCUGGACUACAAACGUUUCCGGGAGAUUGCAAAUCAAAAUGGGGCUUACUUAUUUGCGGACAUGGCGCACGUUUCGGGGCUCGUGGUAACAGAGCAGAUUCCCAGUCCCUUUGAGUACUGCGACGUGGUCAGCACGACGACGCAUAAAACACUCCGGGGACCCAGGGCGGGGGUAAUCUUCUUCCGGAAGGGUGUACGAAGCGUCAAGGCGAAUGGGGAUAAAGUUAUGUAUGAUUUAGAGGCACGAAUCAAUCAAGCUGUCUUCCCGGGGCUUCAGGGUGGACCCCACAAUCAUGCCAUUGCUGCCAUUGCCACAACAUUCCUCCAGGCUAAAUCUCCGGAAUUUGUCGAAUACCAAAAGCAGGUGAUUACAAAUGCCCAGCGCCUGUGCAAGGGAUUGAUUGAGCGAGGCUACUCCAUCGCCACCGGGGGCACUGAUGUGCAUCUCCUGCUGAUGGAUUUGCGCAAUGUGGGACUCACGGGGGCUAAGGCAGAGUACCUUCUGGAGGAAAUUUCAAUUGCAUGCAACAAAAACACCGUACCUGGCGAUAAAUCUGCUCUCAACCCAUCCGGAAUUCGUCUUGGUACGCCCGCUCUCACCACUCGGGGGCUCGUGGAGGCUGACAUGGAUCGUGUGGUGGACUUCAUUGAUCGUGGCUUGAAGCUCUGCAAGGAAAUCUCCGCAACUUCCGGGCCGAAGUUUGUUGAUUUCAAGAAUAUUCUCCACAAUGAUGAGGCUUUCGCGGCUAAGGUGGCUGCCCUGAGGAAGGAUGUUGAGGACUUCAGCGUGCAAUUCCCUCUGCCGGGAAUUGAAGAUUAUUAAGCAACAAAUAUUGUUGAAUUCCUCCAGUUUACAUUUCAGGGUUUCCCAGGGUUUCCUGGCCACUUUUUUCUUUUCUCAAAAUUAAAAACAAUUUGCAUAAAAUAAAAAAGUUUGACGGUUA